AUGACAGACGCCUCCUUACCUGUCAAGGCUAUCAACGCUCACGACCUCUCUCACCACGCUUCCCUGUCGGCCUUACACGCCGUGCCGAAUCACCACCAGCGUUUCGCUGCACCCUCGCACGACAAUGACCUCCCGGACGACGAUGGCCAGAUCGACUGCAUUUGUGGCUUUGCCGACGACGAUGGCUGGACGGUCGCAUGUGAUAUAUGCAACCGAUGGCAGCAUCAGUCGUGCUAUUACCCAGAAUAUGACGAGAUCUCUCUGCCGUCCAAUGUCGAGCACUACUGCGUCAAGUGCAAGCCCCGAUCUAUCGACUUGCACCGGGCGCAUUCACGACAACUCGAAAAGCGUGACCAGACAGAACCUCUCCAGAACGGUGUCAAGCGUGCGCCGCCGAAGAGUCACAAAAAGAAGGUUAAAGAGAAUGGCGUCGCCCACACGAAUGGCUGGCCUGUUGACAAGCUGAGACACGACCGAAACAGCGCCAGUCCUCGAGAUCAACCUCCACCUGCGAAAAGACCAAAGACAAGUCAUCGCAAUUCCGAUUCUACCACCACUACCACCACCACUAAAACCCACAGCCGGAAACGCAAUGCUUCUACCGCCCACCGCAGGAGUAUAUCACUGUCACCCGACUUUCCCAUUGAGCAAUAUUCGGAAAGCUUCUUGCAAUGCUAUCAAGAGGAUAAUUGGGAAGUCACAGAUACCAACUUACAUAGUUCCAUCAGCGUGACGAACGCCUUGUCGGACUGGCUCAACUCGUCGGACGAAGAGUUCCGAUCACGACACGGUCAGCCCAAGGGAGAAUUACUCAUGCGUUGGGAUGGCCAUCUGGAUGAAAUUCCGGGCAAAGCUCAGAUUGACAUUCAAGACCAGCAUGAUGCUGAUGUCGCGUAUGACGGUCGACAUCCUUCCUGGAGAGUGGUGACCGUACAAGAACCAGUUGCCAAUGGUGCAUACAUCGGCGAGCUCAAAGGUCAUGUUGGCUUCAAGGCAGACUACCAACAAGAAGAAGGCAAUAGGUGGCGACAACUGCGACAUCCAGAACCCUUUGUGUUCUUCCAUCCGAAAUUGCCCAUUGUCAUCGAUGCGCGCCACGAGGGCACAGAGCUGCGGUAUGUGAGACGCAGCUGCCAGCCCAAUGCACGCCUCCAGAUUCUGGUCACUGAUGGCGUGGAUUGUCAUUUCUGCUUCAUGGCCACGGAACAGAUUGAGCCCGGUGAUGAGAUCGCUGUCGGGUGGGACACUAGCAGUGGCCUACCGGAAAUGGUAAACCAGGGCAAGAUCUCUGAGGAGGACAUGGACCAUCUCUCUAGCUGGGUGUCCACCGCACUCGCUAACUGCGGGCCGUGUGCAUGCGCCUUGCCAAAGGGUGAUUGUAUGAUGUCGCGCUUCGACAAGAGGACUCACGGAGCCGCCGAAGCAGUAAAAGCACCAAAGCCGAAGAAGCGGAAAACUGGGCAGCAUAUAUCGCCAAUCAACACAAACACUGUGAACAGCCGAUCGGGGAGUGAAGCACGUAGGGUUGACCAUGAUGAUGAGACGGACUCCCCUUCGGCUUCUGGCUCUGCGGGCAGAGGUUCUGCGAGUCGAGACAUGACGCCAAAUACUCACUAUUCCACCAACGGAACUUCCACCUUGCCUGAGCUGUCCGAACGAGAAAAGAAGAAGCUGGCGAAAGAAGAGGAAAUGUUCCGACGUCAAGAGGAAGAGCGUGCUGGCAAGCAAGCAAAGAAGAAACGCAGCAGCGCAGGCUCAAACCUCAACACGCCGAGCGCCACGUCAUCGAAGCAGCUGGGCUUCCCUGAUAAAUCAAGCACAAAGUCUGCUGAUGCAGGUUCGUCACGGCAGCACGCAGCAUCGAACGCGAAGGCACCUGUUGGCCGGAAGCCGAAGUCCUCCAAACUGCAUGCGAAGCCAGCAGCGAAAGCGACCAAGCGCCCAAAGCCCGACUACCGUGAGGCUUCUACGCAGUGUGAUUUGGACCAGGAAGAAGCUGCACAACGCGCUCCCACACCAUCUUCUCGAAGACCUUUCAAGUCGCACCGGAAGCGGUUGCUCGAGCGUUGCGCACGUAAUAACAGCAUCCUGCUGGCAUCUGUGCCUCCCAGUCCGGCUUUUGAGCCCAAAGCUGCCCUACUUGAUAAGAUGGACGUAGAUCAAUCGGAGCUGCAGCGCGCGAAACAAAGCACACCAGAUCCAACAGCAGCUUCCGUGAAGUCUCCGUUAUCCAAAGCAACGGACGCCUCGACAGCUUCGAAUGCAGACCACGAUGCUGAGAUGGCCGAUGCUCCCAGCGACGUCAAGGUGGAAUCUCCCGUGGCAGGACACUCCACAGCAGGCGAUUCACCCGGCUCAACUCGAGACUCACAUCCUGACAAGCCCAGUCCUGCACCACCUUGGGAUUCCAAGCCAUCGACUGCGGACACUGCCAUCAACGGGUUGACGCAAAAGCCCAUGGGUAUGCGCCUACAGAUGCCACCACCACCGACCAAUCCUUUCGCCCUCCCACCAAUGCCGGGAUCUGCUGGCUCACCAAACACGGCAUCCAUCUCGCAAUCGCCUGCUGGCGUGGGUCCUGGACAGUUGUUCUCGCCAUCGGUCACUGCAGCCGUGACACCAAGUCCAGCGCGGAAAAAGAUGAGCUUGAGUGACUACACUCGUCGAAAGAAGAAGGAUGAUGGACCAAAAGUCGAGCGCGAUAGUAGCCCUGCUUCGACCGCGUCGGGCCCAAUCGUGGCCCCACUCCAACCGUCAUCUUCCAGUGAGGUGCGCGCUGCCGAAGGCAAUGCUGUCGAGGAAGACGUCAAGAUGGAAGAAGCACCGCAGGUCGAGAACGUGCCACCAUCCACUGCAGCUUGAUCCCCACUUCUUUGAGUGUUCAAUGUUGGUUCACAACACGUUCUAGCGCGGCGCAGGGUGUUCUACACUUUUUACGGCUCCAACCAGAAAGUUAUUUGAUGACUGCCGCCAGGGAGACGCGGCUUGGGAAGGCAGGGGAACCCUUUUUCCACUCCUCUUUAUGAUGGACCUGAUCAUGAUGAUCACGACCUCGGGCUCGCCGUACAUUAGAUCAGGCGAGCCGUAAACCUGUACUGUUAUCAGAAGACGACUAGCAAGCAUGACUUUUCUUGAGUAGCAUAGUCAAGCGCGAAUGAAAAAUGAAGC